AUGGAUCCCUCUCCGUGCAGAACCACCGCUCUGGACCGUCUGUGCUUCAACAACACCGCCUUGAAGAAGCUGCCGGUGGAUGAUUCAGAAGAGCCCGGGUCCCGAACGGUCCCUGCGGCUUGUUUCUCCAGAAUUCGUGCCCUCCAGCCUCUUUUACGCCCGGUUUUGGUGGCCCUGUCCCCGGCGGCGCUGACUCUGCUCGGCUUGAGUCUCGAGGACGUGUUGAGUGAUCCUCUCGGCCCGGAGUACCUGAGCGGCUCCAGGCUGCUGCCGGGCUCAGAGCCGGCUGCUCACUGCUACAGCGGACACCAGUUUGGAGUGUUUGCGGGACAGCUGGGGGAUGGAGCGGUCAUGUACCUGGGGGAGGUGGAGACAGGGAGGCAUGGGCGAUGGGAGAUUCAGGUGAAAGGGGCAGGAGUCACGCCUUACUCGAGAGAUGGUGAUGGAAGGAAGGUGCUCCGCUCCAGUAUCAGAGAGUUCCUAUGCAGUGAGGCCAUAGCCGCCCUGGGGAUACCCAGCACCCGAGCAGCCUCCUUGGUGACCUCUGACCUUUACGUCACCAGAGACCCACUCAACAAUGGUAGCCGUGUGUCUGAGCGCUGCUCCGUUGUGCUGCGUCUUGCGCCGUCAUUCAUCAGAUUCGGAUCAUUUGAGAUCUUCCAGGGACGAGACGACUUUUCAGGCCUGCAGGGUCCCAGUGCAGGCCGGCAUGACAUCCGCGCUAAGCUGCUGGAUUAUGUCAUUGAGAGUUUUUAUCCUUGCAUCCAAAAGGCUCACAGUAGCCGGAAUGAUAGGAAUAUGGCUUUUUUCAGGGAGGUGAUGGUGCGAACAGCUAAGCUAGUGGCUCAGUGGCAGUGCGUUGGUUUCUGUCAUGGUGUCCUCAACACAGACAACAUGAGCAUUUUGGGUCUCACUCUGGAUUAUGGCCCUUUUGGUUUCUUGGACAGAUACGACCCAGAUUUUGUUUGCAACGCCUCGGAUAAAAGAGGUCGCUACUCAUACAAGGCCCAGCCAUCUGCAUGCCGCUGGAACCUGGCUCGCCUGGCAGAGGCGUUAGGCUCUGAGCUGAAUGCUGCUGAAGCAGGGGCUAUUCUGGAUGAAUUCAUGCCCACAUACCAAGCCUUCUAUCUGGGUACCAUGAGGAAAAAACUGGGCCUCAUGAAAAGAGAAGAGGACGCAGACAGUGAACUCAUAUCAGACCUGCUUUGCCUCAUGCAUAACACUGGUGCAGAUUUUACCAACACCUUCCGCCUGCUGAGCUGCAUCCCCUGGCCUGAAGAGGGUGACAGUGAGCGGGUUGCUGUAGAGCCAGUGGUGAACCUCAUCUUAGAGCAGUGUGCUUCUUACGAGGAGUUAAAGGUGGCUAAUAAGCCAACUGUGGAGGACGGCGAACUGGCAAUGAUUCUAUCCAUGGCCCAAACAAACCCCGUCAUGUUUGGGAUAGUAGCAGACAGUCCAGAAGUGUCUGAGCAGCUUGUGAGGAUUGGACGGUUAAAGGAGCUGCUCAGCACAGAUCAGACAGAGUUGAAGGAAAAGCAGCGAGACGACUGGAUUCGCUGGAUCAGACGGUACAGGAGACGUUUAUUCAGGGAGUGUGAUGGCACUGCUGACUUGUCUCUAAUUAAAGAAGAGAGGCUCAAAGUGAUGAACAGCAACAACCCCCGUGUGGUCCUACGGAACUACAUCGCCCAGAAUGCAAUUCAGGCUGCUGAAAAAGGAGACUUCUCUGAGGUCAAAAGAGUCCUCAAAGUUUUGGAGAAGCCGUAUUCUGAAUCUGAUGCAUUCGACUGGAGUUCUUUUGAUGGACAUGAUGCUCUUCAGCCUGCUGUUUCCUACGAUCAGAAACCUCCUGCAUGGGCAGGAACGAUCUGUGUCACCUGAUCCACAUAG